AUGCCCGUCGGAUCCGCGUCUGUGGCGUCGAGAUUCGCACAGCGCGUCGAAACGCACCGCGACACAUGCGCGCCCGCGAGCCGGGGGCCUGGCGGCGGCCCCGAACCGCGCAUGGCGGAGCGGCGCAGCGCUGCGAGUGGCGCGGCGGCCGCAGUCUGCUGCGGUGGUCGCUGCGCGCCUGUGUUCCGUGCCGCGACGCUCUGUUCCGAUCCGUUCCGAACCGUGCUGGUGAGUUCAUUUCCGCCGUGCCGGGGCGGCCAGUGCAGUGGACAGUGUGGAGGCGGCGGUGAGCGACCCGGGCCGGAGGCGGAGGCGCGCAGCCGCGCGGGCUCCGGACACGAAACCACAGCUGCGUCCGCAGCCGCACUGCAGGUGUGUGUUCUGGCGAGGCGUCGUCGCGCAGGCUCAAGGUCGGAUACAGGAGAGACAACUACCAGAGGACCAGCUGUCUAUGGCCGAUGCUACGUGACCAGAUCAACUCUGGAACCACUGAACGGGAUUUCCGCCAGACGUGACACAGACGUCGACGCCGCCACUGUACGCGUUGCUGUACCAAAGGAUUCCCUCGAUUCACCCGUCUGCCUACUUUUCUCGCCAAAUGUAAUUCCAGUCACUCGGUCCUGCUGAGAUGAGAAGCCCGAGAUCGCCUGCUGACGAUGUGAGGCUGUGAUGGAGGACGGCGGCUCGGUUUGCGGCGGCGGCGGCAGCGCUGGGGGCGACGCGUGCUCGCCGGUGCCGCUGGCGGGGGCGGUGCCCGUGGCCGUGGC